AUGGCAGAACCUCCGAAAACACCGACUAAAGCAGCAACCCGGGUUUGUCGAACCUGCAACGAAAACAUAGUUGUGAAGAAUCAUCCUUUAGAUUUAUUUGGUGCAAAGGCAUCACAAGAAAACAUUCCUUCGGUUCUGGAAAGGUUCUUUGAGUUAAAAGUUGCGUUAAACGAUGGUCUCCCGUCAUAUAUCUGUAGAUGUUGUUACCAUAAAGUGGUGAAGUUCCAGGAAUUUUUUAGAAAAAUAGCGUUUUCGAAGCAACAACAAGAGUCAGUUUUACGUGUCAAAAGAGGGAAAACAACGGCAGAGAGUCCAUCGGGAAGAUCCCCGCAAACGAGACGUGA